AUGCCCUUCAUGCUCAUCAGCACCCAGAUCAGACUGGAGAACGGUCCCACAAAUGUUGGAGAUGAAUUUUCUGACCCAGAUGUUAUGAAUUACCUCGGGGCAAGAAAGACAACCGUUUUGGGGAAUAAUUUUUCUGAGUACCAUGUGGACGACCCGCCUCGCCUGGUGCUGGACAAGCUGGAGAAGAUCGGCUUCCGCCUUCUGUCCAUGACCGGAGUGGGACAGACGCUGGUGUGGUGCCUGCACAAAGAGACAGAGUGA